UUCUUGUAGUCUUAGGAUAUCGAAACAUACACAGCUCAAGUGGUCCAUCUAGCCUUGUGCCUCUGUGUUUCUUUCCUCCCUCCCUGUGUGCUCUGGGGAGGAGUGAGAAUUUUGUAUGAUGUCACAGGCUUCCCUCUUUGCCCUGGCUGAGGCAAGUCUUGCUCUCCCAAGUUUCAAGUCUACAUGUGCUGCUGUGUGUCCAUAGGGGAAGACCAGAUGACCUAGCAGUGGCGUACUCUUAGGGCUACAUUUUCAGUCCAGCUUCGCUUAAAAGCAUGACUGAGCAAACAGACUGCAGAAACCGUACCCACUUAGACCCUGGCGAAAGCCCAGUCAUUUCUGCUGUGAUGUUCUCUGCUGGCGUGGUGGGAAACGUGAUUGCGCUGGUGCUGCUGGAGACUCGCCGCAGGGAUUUCCGAGGGAAUAUUUCUCUGUUCUUCAUUCUUGUCUCUGGACUAGUGGUCACAGACUUACUCGGAACCUGUAUGAUCAGCCCUGUGGUCAUGGCUUCUUACGCCAGGGGGCUUUCGUUGAUCGAAAUGAAACUUUGUGAUUAUUUUGCAUUUGCUAUGACUUUUUUCAGCUUGGCCACCAUGAUGAUCCUCUUUGCUACGGCUUUAGAGAGAGCCUUGGCCAUUGGACACCCCUAUUUCUACGAGAGGUUCAUCAAGAAGCGGUGCGGGGUCAUCACCUUCCCGAUCAUCUAUGGCUUCUGUAUCUUCUUUUGCCUCUUCCCGUUAAUGGGCUUUGGGGAGUUUAUCCAAUACUGUCCUGGCACAUGGUGCUUCAUUGACAUGAAAAGUCGAAAUACCAAUUCCAAAUUCAGCAAUGUCUACUCCAUGCUUUAUGCCACCCUUCUUCUCAUCCUCAUCAUCGCUGUGUUGACCUGUAACCUCGUGGUCAUUGUCAGUCUGGUCAGGAUGCACAAGAGGCAGAAGACCCGUAGGAUUGGUUCCAUUACUGCCAAUAAGCGGGACAGGAUUUCCAUGUCUGAGGAGAUUGACCACCUCAUCCUGUUGUCCAUCAUGACCAUCGCCUUCAUUAUCUGUUCGCUCCCUUUUACGAUCCGAGCGUACGUUAACAGAGCUGCUGUUGACAAAGGCGAAGACGCAUUGGACCUCUUAGCGCUGCGCUUUCUGUCUGUGAAUUCUAUUAUAGACCCGUGGAUUUUCACCGUCCUGCGACCCUCUGUUCUCAGGGUGAUGCGUUCAGUUAUAUGCUGCCAUACCUCUUUCAAUAACAAGAGCAUCUCAAACUACCCUUCUCUCAAUACUCAUCUAACAACGAACGCCAAGCUAAAUAUAGACAAUACAUAUGGAAGUUCCCAGGAGAAGGGUGUAGCUGAUGGGGAUAAGAUUGCAUGGGAAGAAAAAACAGACACUUAAGAACAAUGAUCUUUGUCUAAGAUGGUAGAUGCAGAAUGCAUCUUAAAAGCACUUCCGAAGGCAUUUGAGCACUUACAGAAGUAGAUUCUAACUAAAGUUGGUGAAAGUUGUAAAAUUCUCUGUAUUGGAGUAAUAAGAAAACACGGAGUCUACUCGGCGCAAACCCAUGGACAGUAGGGCAGAAGGAAUGAGCAUGAUACAUGGUUACAAAUACACAACAGUACUGCACCCUGUGUUGCUUGGCUGUCUCUGAAGUGAGAAGCCAUUAGCAAAAUGGAGAGGUUUCGCUUCACCAGAAGGUC